AUGAGAAUUUCAAAAUCAUUCGCUUUAGUUUUAUCCACUCCAUUUUUGGCAGUUGCUGAUGCAGGUAAUCAUCAUCAUCAUGAUCGCCGUGCUCUUGAAGUUGAUUAUGUUUACCACACGGUUACAGUUGAUCAGAAUGGUAGUACUGUUUUACCAACUACCACCUUGACACCCAUCGACUCUGACAGUGGUUUCCAGACGGCUAGCACUACUAGUAUCGACUCUUUAACUAGUAACACUGUUUCUGUUAUUGCUGAGUCUAUUAGUGUUUCAGAAGCCAAUACUUCUGCUACUGAAAUUGCCACCACUACCACUUCUUCUCCAGCCACUACCACUUCUUCUCCAGCCACUACCACUUCUUCUUCAGCCACUGCCACUUCUUCUUCAGCCACUGCCACUUCUUCUUCAAGUUCUAAUGGACCUAAGGGUGAUUUAGGUUGGUAUGAUAUUCCUACCGAAAAGUUUGUCGAUGGCACAAUUGCUUGUUCUGAUUUUCCAUCUGGCCAGGGUGUUAUCUCCUUGGACUGGUUAGGCUUUGGUGGCUGGUCUGGGAUUGAAAACGAUGAUGGAUCUACCGGCGGGGAUUGUAAGGAAGGCUCUUACUGUUCUUAUUCUUGUCAACCCGGUAUGUCUAAAACACAAUGGCCAUCAAAUCAGCCAUAUAACGGUGUUUCUGUUGGUGGGUUAUUAUGUAAAGAUGGGUAUUUAUACAGAUCCAACCCCGAUACUGAUUAUUUGUGUGAAUGGGGUGUGGAUGUUGCUUAUGUUGUUUCUGAAUUAGACGAAGUUGUAAGUAUAUGUAGAACUGAUUAUCCAGGCACUGAAAACAUGGUUAUCCCAACUAUUGUUGAAGCCGGAGCUACACUACCAUUGACAACCGUUAAUGAAGAAACUUAUUACCAAUGGGAGGGUAAAAUGACUUCUGCGCAAUAUUAUGUUAACAAUGCUGGUGUUUCCAUGGAAGAAGGUUGUGUUUGGGGCACUGCUGGCUCUGGCGUUGGUAAUUGGGCUCCUUUAAAUUUUGGUGCUGGUAGUUCAGCUGGUGUUACUUACUUAUCUUUAAUUCCAAACCCAAACAAUAAAGAAGCAGCCAACUUUAAUGUCAAGAUUGUUGCUGCUGACAGUGAUUCUACUAUUUCUGGAUCCUGUGUUUACGAAAAUGGUAAAUAUAAUGGAGAUGGCACUAGUGGUUGUACUAUUGGGGUUACCUCAGGUAAGGCUCAUUUUGUAUUAUACAAUUGA